AUGUGGCCAGUCCUUCCCAGCGGCCAACUUAACGAGGAGUUUGAUUGGCCAAUAGAAGGACUGCUUAUUCCAAACAGUCCUUCCAUGAAGAAACCCAUCUGUAAGUCACCGGAGCAGGAUGUGCCCGUAAGACUCAGAGUUCUGCGGAAUGGAGACAAGAACAAAAACAGAGCCCUUGUUAUAAUGAGUCCAGACAUAUCACCUGGGCGGAAAAUGCAAAAUGUUGACACUGAAAUGAAAAAGAAUGUGAAAAAGUAUGUCACUAAAUAUUCUAAAACCAAAACAAAGCAGACUGAAUAUCAUCAACUUUUGGAGAGGUGUACUGAAGUUCUACAUUUACCUUCUGCAGCUCGGAGGUUGUUCAAUGAAAAGGGAAAGGAAAUCUUUUCUGUAAAAGACCUUCAAAGAGACGAACUGGUAUACGUUUCAUGUGGGGAACAUUGGAUCAGUCCUGACCUAUCCAUUGCUCAUCAAAAGAAGCAACUCUUCCUGAGGAAUUUAGCAUCGGACAUUUCUAAAAUUCAAGCCUUCUGCCAUACACGUAAGACAGAGGCUCUUGUUUUAGAAGUCCAAGGUGACAUUGUGUCUGGAGCCAAGCUUGCUGUGUGUAAGCCCGUAGCAACUUCUGGAGAAGAGAAGCAAAUUAUAGAGCCAGAGGAAGAGCACAUGCAAAAAAAUGCUUUAACAACGGAAAGUGCUCUCAGUAAAACUCUAGAUUCACAUGCAAAAGCCCAUCUCCGAAUGAAGGCUCGUCACACGCCUCUCAAGUAUGCCUGGCAGGAACCUUCUCAUAUCUCUGAUGAGAGCGACAGUUUUCCAAAGAAGAUGCAGGAAGAUCUCUUAGAAAAUGUGGAACCACAGAGAAAAUACAGCCAUUCUCCAAAGCGGAGUAAAUUGCAGAAGCUCUGCCACCAGCAGUUUGAAUACAGAGAUGGGCAAAUCAUAAGUCAUGCGGCUCCUCAGCUAGUCCUGGGGGUGCGAGGUCCAGACCUGCAUUCAGGCAUGGAGGUGGUUUUGGUGGAGAAAAAAGCCAAUGAUGGUCAUCAGCGCUGGAUGCACAAGGAAGGCAGCAGGACCUUUCACCUGGUGAGGAACCCAGAGCUUGUGCUGGCUGUGUCUAUGACCAAGACGGGGAAUGAAGUCUGCAGCUAUCCAGUUAUUGUUCAGAAAUAUAAGCCCUAUAACAAUGGGACUUCCAAUCAAAAGUGGAAUUACAUUGAAAAUAAGAAAACUUUUAUGGCCUUCCAUAGCACUGCAUUGGAUAAGGAAAUCACAGCCGCAAAUUAUGCUGGAAUUUGUACAUCCUCUGUAGUUAAAGAAGAAAACAUUGAUCAACCAGGAUACUAUUCUCUCACACCUUCUGGAAAGAAAAAAAUGACACUGUGCCUGGCCUGUGGACGAUCCCUGAGAGGAGAGAAAGGACUGAAGCAGCUGCCUGCAGGGCUGCCAUUCGUCUGUGCCUCAGGCUCCGAGACCCAGAGGCCCUUCUCACGAGGGCCUUUCAAGACCAUCCGUGUGGCCGAGGUUGACUUAUCUUCUUAUGAGGCUGAAAAAACUCUAAGUCAUUAUGAAGAACAUCUAUUAUCUUUACGGAUGAAGACCUGCACACAAGUUGUAGCUCCUAUUGGUACGGCAGCUGCACUCCAGAAGCCGGUGAAAAUAAUUGCAUACAAAAAUGGAGAUGGAUAUCGAAAUGGGAAGUUAAUUGUGGCUGAAACAUUCCCCAUACUUCUUACAGAAUGCACGGAACAGCUUGGUCUUGCCCGAGCAGCCUCCAAAGUAUAUACUAAAGAUGGAACCACAAUCCUUUCCCUGCGUGAACUGGUUUUAUGGGCUCUAGAUAAAUCAUUUAUCCACAGAGACCCUGAGGAACAAAAGAAAGAGGCAGCCCCCAUUGGAACAAAGGAGACAACUAUUAAACGUAUGGUUGAAAACCCAAGACUGAAAGUGAAAAACAAGUUAUUUCCAACAUCUGUGACAUCCGAUGGUUUGGAUGGUAUAGAUGAGUCUUUGUUCACCCUCCUUCACAGAAGCCCCAUUGCCAUCUGGGUAUCUUGUGGGGAACCAUUUUUCUCUCCCAAUGCUUUGCAGAAAGCAAAAAAAUUAGAAAAACAGAACUGGCAAAAAAAGGACAAAAUUUUGGCUGACUUAGACACCAUGAAACACAAAAUGAGACAGUUAAAAGGGCGGCGAGUAGCAGCAUGUCAGCCAGCCACCAUGGUUCCCAACCAAAGCCCUGUGCAGCCGGUGGUGGUGGAAGGAGGCUGGACCGAACAGACACAAGAGGAAAUUAAACUCAUGGAAUGUAUAAGACAUACAGAGGCACACCUUUCUGAAAUCCAAGAACGGCAAUCUAAGAGAAAUUCUCCAACUGCAACUAAACACACAGCACUCAAGCAGAGCAGCCUGUAUAAGCAACCCAACACAAAACGGGUCUGGGUUUAUCUAAAUGGAUGCAGACCCGACAAUGGCACUUAUGCCUGGGGCAAAAGCAUUUCAGAGCUGCUAGAUGACUGCUCGGCUCGUCUGAAGAUGGCCCGCCCAGCCAGCACCCUGUACACCCCCGGGGGAGAGCUGAUUCUGUCCUGGGACCAAAUAGAGCGAGACAUGGUCAUCUGUGUGUCCACAGGACAUGGCUUUGUAACCCAAAAAGAGUUAAAACAACUGAUGGAGGUCAGAGCCAGUUAUGCCAGAAUCCGAAGGCAGCAGGGCCCUGAAGCCACAGACAUCGUGGUGUCUCCACCCGAGAAGCUGCAGUCUCUGGAAAGAAAACUUUCUUCGCCUAUUUGUAAACAGAAGACUGUGACAGAAAAGCCUAUUAUUUAGAUUGCAGAACACUCUGAAUUUAGGAAAAUCCACUUCUAUAAAAGAAAUCUGUGUCAUUUACUUAAAAUUUAGUCCUAAAAUGUAUCCUUUGAAAUUACUAGCCCAGCAGGUGUGGGUCAGUGGCUGAGCAUUGACCCAUGAACCAGGAGGUCAUGGUUCGAUUCCUGGUCAGGGC